UCAGACUUGGAAUGAAGAAAAUUCCUGCAGAGCUAAGUUCUGUGUUCGAAACUCACAAGCAAAGACUCAUGGGUGAUGGUCCCUGUGACUUUACUUGCAGAGGAAUCUCUGCAUCACAUGAGAGAAUCCAGAUUAGAGAGAGAUGUUAUGAAGGUAACCAAUGUGGAAAAGGUUUUAUAAAAAAGCUAAGUCUCAUUGUACAUAAGAGAAUCCACAGUGGAAGGAAGCGUUAUAAAUGUAACCAAUGUGGGAAAGCUUUUGCAAAAAGAGGAAAUCUUACUACACACCAGAGAAUCCACACAGGAGAAAAACCUUAUGAAUGUAACCAAUGUGGAAAGGCUUUUACAAAAAAGGGAGCUCUCAUUAUACAUCAGAGAAUCCACACUGGAGAGAAACAUUAUGAAUGUAAUGAAUGUGGAAAGGCUUUUACAAAAAAGGACACUCUUAGUAAACAUCAGAGACUCCACACUGGAGAGAAACCUUAUGAAUGUAACCACUGUGGAAAAUCUUUUACAAAAAAGGAAUCUUUUCUUAUACAUGAGAGAAUCCACACUGGAGAAAAACCUUAUAAAUGUAAUCAAUGUGGAAAGGCUUUUACAGAAAAUGGAAUUCUUACUGUACACCUGAGAAUCCACAUUGGAGAGAAACCUUAUGAAUGUAGCCACUGUGGAAAGGCUUUUACAAAAAAGGACGCCCUUACUAAACAUCAGAGUAUCUACACUGGAGAGAAACAUUAUGAAUGUAAUGAAUGUGGAAAGGCUUUUAAACGUAAAGAAACUCUUACUACACAUCAGAGACUCCACACUGGAGAGAAACCUUAUGGAUGUAACCACUGUGGAAAGUCUUUUACAAAAAAGGAUGCUCUUAUUAUACAUGAGAGAAACCACACUGGAGAAAAACCUUAUAAAUGUAACCAAUGUGGAAAGGCAUUUAGUCAUAAAGGAACUCUUACUGUACAUCAGAGACUCCACACUGGAGAGAAACCUUAUGGAUGUAACUACUGUGGAAAGUCUUUUACAAAAAAGGAAUCUUUUCUUAUACAUGAGAGAAUCCACACUGGAGAAAAACCUUAUAAAUGUAACCAAUGUGGAAAGGCUUUUACAGAAAAAGGAACUCUUACUACACAUCAGAGAAUCCACACUGGAGAGAAACCUUAUGAAUGUAACCACUGUGGAAAGGCUUUUACAAAAAAGGGAGCUCUUACUAAACAUCAGAGUAUCCACACUGGAGAGAAACAUUAUGAAUGUAAUGAAUGUGGAAAAGCUUUUAAACGUAAAGAAACUCUUACUACACAUCAGAGACUCCACACUGGAGAGAAACCUUAUGAAUGUAACCACUGUGGAAAGUCUUUCACUAAAAAGGAAUCUCUUAUUAUACAUGAGAGAAACCACACUGGAGAAAAACCUUAUAAAUGUAACCAAUGUGGAAAGGCAUUUAGUCAUAAAGGAAUUCUUACUGUACAUCAGAGAAACCACACUGGAGAGAAACCUUAUAAAUGUAACCAAUGUGGAAAGGCAUUUAGUCAUAAAGGAAAUCUUACUAUACAUCAGAGAAACCACACUGGAGAGAAACCUUAUGAAUGUAAUCAAUGUGGAAAGGCUUUUAGAGGCAAGGGAGCUCUUACAAGACAUCAGAGAAUCCACACUGGAGAGAAACCUUAUGAAUGUAAGCAAUGUGGAAAAUCUUUCACUAAAAAGGAAUCUCUUAUUAUACAUGAGAGAAACCACACUGGAGAAAAACCUUAUAAAUGUAAUCAGUGUGGAAGGGCUUUUAGAGAAAAGGGAACUCUUACUUUACAUCAGAGAAUCCACACUGGAGAGAAACCUUAUGAAUGUAAGCAAUGUGGAAAGGCUUUUAGAGGCAAGGGAGAUCUUACUAAACAUGAGAGAAUCCACACUGGAGAGAAACCUUAUGAAUGUAAGCAAUGUGGAAAGGCUUUUACAGGCAAGGGAGAUCUUACUAAACAUGAGAGAAUCCACACUGGAGAGAAACCUUAUGAAUGUAAUCAAUGUGGAAAGGCUUUUACAAAAAGGAUAUCUCUUACAAAACAUCAAAGAAUACACACUGGAGAGAAACUUUGUGAAUACAACCAAUAUGGAAAGGGUUUUAUAUAAAAAUUUUACUGUUAAUUGCCAGAUUUGUAAAGGCAUUAAAAUAAGGAGGAAAAUGAAUUAGGGAGACAACCCUGGGAGAAGAUGUGGUAGUCCUGAUGCCUUUCAUACUUGGCCAUCUCUAGCUAUAACCCUAUGGAGAGAGUGAGGAAGGGAAAAUAAAAGAGGAGUAGAGGGGCCCAAUAACUUCUUAGGCAUUUGAAAGGCAGCAUGGGAGAAUGGAAAGAUCACUAUAUUUGAGUCAGGACAUGGAUUGAAAUUCUGGUUCUGCAACUCUGGGCUUGGGAAAGUAAUUUAAUUAGACUGCAACCCAGUGCAUUUAGACUAAGGUUAGUAUCUGUCCCCACCCUAAAUCCUUUAAGAAGCCAAACAAGAUUUUUAAAAUGAACCCUAUGGCUCAAUGCCAAUUAUUAUUACUGGUUCUCAGCUUCAGAUUAGGGGUAACGACUCAGAUGACUUCAUUAAGCCUUCUGGGAAUGAUUGGCAGUUUGGAAGAGGCAAUAAGAUAUCAGCAAUUCUAAACCUAGAUCUUUGUUGAUUUAGGAAACUUGCACAUCCUUCCUAAAUAAACAACUCUGCAACUAAUGACAUUGGUUUCUUGCUAUAUUUGUUCAGGCAGAAGAUGUUUUAUUAAGAUGGUUUUAAAAAUGAAAGAUUUCAACUUUGAGUUUCAUCUUAAAUCCUUCAAGUUGACAGUGAUAAUUCCAAAAGCUGGAAAUAGCAUUGGGGGAUGGUGGGUUAUGGAAUUAGAGACAUCGUAAUACAAUGUAUGUAGCUAUGUAUUGGUCCAACUACUCUGAAAAGUUAUUUAGGAUCAGGAUUUAUUAAAAGGUAGCCAAAUGUCAGAUAUUUUGUGAUAAAGAGACCCUACAGCAAGGCAUGAACUCUAAGGAAGUAAGGAAAAGAAGGAUUCCAUCUACAAUAAAAUAUUCAUUGCAGUGGAUUUUUUUUGGUUUUAGUUUGGUUUUUUGGUUGCAAAUAAAAAAUUGAUGAUUUUUAGUUGGAGAAUGUCUAAACAAAUUAUGAUAAUGAACAUACUGGCAUAUUGUGCCAUGAGAAAAAGUGGAUAGGAAGAAUUCAAAGAAGUAUGGGGAUAUGUAAAUGAACAGAGAUAGAUUGAAUUGAGAAAAAACAAGAAAAAUAGCUACAUGGUGAUUCCCUCAAAUACUCAGAUAUCCUGAUCAGUGAGUGAUCUCUUCAGUUUGAAAUUCUUCUAACAAUAUAGAUCCAAGAAUGUCUGUCUGUCCAUCCUGUGCGACUCUUACCUAUGUUUCACAUGAGUUUAUCACAGAGUAUCUAUCCUAUAUGAUGGAGUCCUUCCUUACUUUCUCCUACCAUCUCAAGGGCACUUGUGGAGUGUUCUGGCUAUCCACUCAUCAGCCCUCUUCCUUACCAUGUGACCAUCUCCUCUUCUUUUCUUGUCCCAUAAUUCUUUAAUGUCAAGAAUGAACAAUGCCAAUUAUGGCAACAGAGGAUACCAAGAAAGUUCACAAAGUGCAUUGGUCAGCACACAUCUGAUUUCCUUAACAAAUGGAGAGACGCAGCUGCCAGAGAUGGUACCAACUGGACUAUGAAUAAACUUGUGAAAUCUUUUAACUUUGUAAUCUGAAUGUACUAACAGUGGAAAAACACAACUUUGGGACCCUACAAUCUGUCAGUUGUUGAUAGAUUGAUACAUUAGGCAGACCAUCUCCAGUUGUCUUGGCCAAUAUCUUGCCACUGGGCUCAGAUGGUCCUGAAGGAUGGAGUAAGGCUGAUGACUUUGCCCAGUUUUAUCUCACUUAUAUCCAAGUCACUUGCAAAUCAAGACAUCACUUGCUGAUGACAUCAAUCCUCUUUGAGAACAAAAGAAUAAAAACAAUCUUCAGGCAAAAUAAAGCUCAUGAGUUCAAAAGUUCAGCAUUCCUCUCAGUUAAAAGCAAAAGUUCAGUUUUCCCAUCGGUCUCUUUUAAUUGCAAAAAAAAACUCUGGCUAAAGUUGAAAAGUGCAUUAUUUUUACAAAAUACUCAAAUUCCAAAGAAAUUGUUCUCUCAGCACCACUUGUAAAUCAUUUCAUGUCCAGGAAAUUUAUUAUUUUCUAUAAAUUUCACUAUUUUGAUUUUUGUUCUAGAGCAUCUGUUCUCUGUACUAGCCAAAAUAGUAUCAUUCCUGGAAAUGCUGUCUCUAGGUAUUUUUGUACAAUUAGAGGAAAUUUGCUAUCAGUUAUUUCUGCAAGAUCCAGGUGGAAAGUAUCAAUGUUUUCAAGAUGAAAAGAGAGGUUUCACAUUAAAGACUUUCAACUAAAUUGUCCCUGUCCCCAUGAUACUGUUAGUCCUUUACCUAUUUAGAUUAUUUUCCCCACCUACCAACUCCUGUUGUUUGUUCUGUCUUUAAAAUGGGGAACAGGGGAACCUUUUAUCCUUCAAUCUUUAGCUCCAUUGAGAAUCCAUUGGUCCUCUAUACUAUUAAAGUUGUGCUUACUUAAUAAACUGCUAAUGCUCAGAGCUUUGUCUCUUAGUUGACUUGACUUGACUUGUGACAAUUUGGCCUGGUAGUCUUUGGACCACUCGUACAAUCUCUCCUGAAGGAAGGUUUAAGUUUAUAGAAUAUGUGCAUGGAAGCCAUUGACAUCAAAUUAAACCCGAUUGUCUUUUGCCUGAUUUGUUGUUCAGUCACUUCAAUGGAAGCAAAGAUACUGGAAGUGGCUUGAAAUUUCCAGCUCAUUUUAUAGAAGAGGAAACUCAGGCAAACAGGGUUCAAUGAGGUGGCCAUCUACAGUAGUCCAAUACAUGUUAAGUAUGUUAAAAUAUAUAUUAAAUCCAAUGUACGUAUACAUAUUUAUAUAGUUAUCUUGCUGCACAAGAAAAUGAGAUCUAGGAGGAAAAAAAAACCUGAGAAGGAAAAGAAAAAAACGUGAAAAUGCUAUAUUAUGUUCCACACUCUGUUCUCACUGUUUUCUUUCUGGGUGCAUAUGGCUCUCUUCAUUACUGAACAAGUGGAACUGGUUUGGAUCAUCCAUUGUUGAUGAGAGCUCUGUCCAUCAGAAUUGAUCAUCUCCACACCUCCACACAUCUCCACACAUCUGACUCUCCCUCAUGCCUGGAAUCCUCUCAUUCCUUUUCUCUGCUUCUUCAAAUCUUUUCUUCCUUCAAGGCUCAGCUGAAAUAUCUUCUUUCCUCAGAAGUCCUUCCUUAUUUUCCCACUUGCUGAAGGUCUCCAUUUCCCCAUCACCUCACAUCUUUCUGAGAUUAUCUCCAAUUUACUGUGUAUGUAUCUAACUUGGACAUAACUGUUUGCAUGUUGCCUCUCCCAUUGCAAGAUGAGCUUCUUGUGAGUAAGGACUGAUUGGGCCUCUGUACUUAAGAAAGUAACUGGUGAGUAGUAGGCCCCUAAUAAAUGUUCAUUGAUUGUU